UUAGUCUAUAUCUAUUUUCCAGUCUGUAUCUAUUUUUUGGUUUGUGUCUACUCUUUGGUCUGUGUCUAUUUUUUAAUUUGUAUUUACUUUAUAGUUUGUUUUUAUUUUUUAGUCUGUUUUAACUCUAUAGUCUGUUUUUAUUUUUUAGUCUAUUUUUAUAUUACAGUCUAUUCCUGCUUUUUAGUCUAUAUCUACUUUUUAGUCUGCAUCUACUUUUUGGUCUGUAUUUAUUUUUUAAUUUAUAUUUAUUUUAUAAUCUAUUUCUACUCUCCAGUCUGUUCUAACUCUAUAGUCUGUUUUUAUUUUUUAGUCUAUUUUUAUAUUAUAGUCUAUUUCUGCUCUCCAGUCUGCAUCUAUAUCCCAGUCUGUUUUUAUUUUUUAGUCUGCGUUUAUUCUUCGGUCUGUUUCUACUUUCUAGUUUAUUUUAAUUUUAUAGUUUAUUUUUAUUUUCUAGUCUGUUUUUAUAUCCUAGUCUAUUUCUGCUUUUUAGUUUAUAUUUAUAUUCCAGUCUGUUUUUAUUUUUUAAUCUGUAUUUACUCUCCGGUCUGUUUCUAUUUUUUAAUCUGUUUUUAUUUUUUAGUCUGUUUUAAUUUUAUAGUCUGUUUCUAUCUUCUAGUUUAUUUCUAUUUUUUAGUUUGUUUUUAUUUUUUAGUUUAUACUACCUCUGCAACUUAUUAA